AUGGGGGAGGUGAGAAAACUGCAGAAGAAGUUAAGACAGAUUGCGAAUCUGGAGUUAAAAGUUUCUCUUACUGCUGAAGAACAAAUCAAGGUUUUGAAGAAGGAGGAGCUGCGCAUCAGAUUGGCUGAACUGCUGCUGCAACUUUCUGGCCCGCAGCAACCCCAUUGUAUUGUGGGUGAAGAGGAUAAAAUGAAAAGACAAAUAGAAGAUGAAACUAAAAAUCACACAGAACACAGUCCGGCGGUGAAGAUAGCACGGGAGGAUCAGCAGCAGAAGAAGAAAAAGAAAGAUAAAGGACUAGAGAAAGAACAACAGAAAGAGGGCGGAGAACAAACCCCUGAACCUCCGGACCCAGAAUCCGAAUUCAAAACGCUGAAAGGAUUGUGGGAAAAGUCCAAGUUUCGCCUCAGGCCUCUGGAAGGUCACAGUGACAUCAUUACUUGCGUGGCUUCUGUGGAUAAUCUGGUGAUUUCUGGCAGUCGUGAUACCACGCUAAAGGUUUGGCAUGUUCCCACGGCAACGGAGCAACGCAAUCUGGGAGGUCACCGUGGUGGAGUCACCUGUCUCAUUGCACCGCCUGCAGAAUAUUGCAGGAAAUUGGCGUCCGCUCUGCAUGUGGGUGAGAAGGAGAGAUUUGUCCUGAGCGGUUCCAGUGACUGCUGCGUACGAAUCUGGGCUCUAAGCUCCGGCCAAUGUGUGAAGUCAAUCUACACCUUUAACGCCAUCAGCAGCAUCUGUUUCAUAGCGGAGUGGGAAGGCUAUAUCGUCACAGGCUCAGAUGCUGGGAAGCUGCAGGUGUGGGACUGUCGCUCUCUGGAGAACCAUCAAUCAGUCAAUGCGCACCUGGAUGCCAUCACCACGCUACAGUCCCAGGGUCCUCUGGUGUUCAGUGGCUCGGCCGAUGGCGGCGUGUGCGUAUGGGAGGUGUGCGACGGUGCAGCGGAACCCCUCCGCAGGCUGCACCAGUGGGGGCCGGAAGUCACAGGCUGCAGCGGGGUCAAUAAUGCUGCAGGAGGGCUGAGGCUGAGUGCCUGUGGCGAUCAGGUUUUCCUGGCCAGCGGAAGAUCUAGCAUCCGUGUGCUCAACUGGAGAACAGGCAGGGUGAGCAGAUUAACCAAUCACAGCAGCACUGCCGGUGUCACGGAUUGUGUCAAUCAAACACCGGGCGUUCUGAUCGGCUCCAGCUUUGACCUCACCACUGGAGAGAGUACCCUUAACUUGUUCUCUCUUCCUCAAAGCAGGUACCUCGUCUCGCUAAGCAGUUCAGAUUUACCCAGAAUUCUUUGUUUUGCGGCGUGGCACACCCCGAGCGGCGGUCAUCGCUGGGUCACGGGAGGUCGGAACUUGACGGUUUGGGAACAGCUUCCAGAUAAUUUCAAAAAAAGAGGAGACGUGACCGUGAGACGAGACAGACGAUUGGAGAAUUCGCUUGCAGAAUCUGAUCAAGACUCAGAGGAGGACAGUGAUGAUGUUGCUGACGAUGACGAUGAAGAUGAAGACUCCUCGCCCCGAGACACCUCGGAUGCUGAAGACGUGUCAGGUUCAUCAUGGCAACGCUGCGUCCUCCAGUGAGAGAGACAGAAGAACACCGAAUGCUACAGAGAGGCUUGGCGGGGACUGACUGGAACGUGAGGUGUGAAGAGUAGUGGUGCAUCGAGCGAGAGCAAAGCUGGACAGCAGAUUGUUCUUCAUAUAAACGUUGCAUCACAGAGCCAAUAAAAGUGACGUUUUGUGUUUGCACUCUUGUCGCUGCCAUUUUUGUGCAUUUACACUGAUCAGCCAUAACAUUAAA